AUAUGAAAACUGAAUUGGGUUUAGCCUUAGAAGGCAACAUAACUUCACAAUUAUUUGAAAAUUCAUAAUACUGCAUUUCUUUUAUUGAUUUUAUAACCUUUUUUAGAUAUGCAUAUUUUGGUUGAUGCAAUGAUUUUGAAUAAAGGUAUAUAUUUUCAAACUUUAAACCAUUGACAUCUAAAAGAAUGCUUAGCAUAACAUUAGUUUUUCCACAAUUAGAUGGACCUACAAUUAUUCCUCGAAUACUAUUAGGAAAUAAUUUUCCAUGCUUCUUUUUUUGUUUUAUAUUUCCGUCAAAAUUUUGAAUGCUAAUGGAUUCUUGCUGCCUUACGAACUUCAUUUUAUUGAAUGAAGCUUUUCAUAUAAGUCUUCGUGUUUUAUGAUCAUUGUUUCAUAAUCACUCCCCACGUCUUAAGCAUUAGUUAUAUAAUGAUUGAUUUUAGAACAUCAACUUUUAGUUCUACUAACUCAGUUCAGGGAAACGGAUUGAUUAACUCAUUAAUAAACAAACUUCCAUUUGAAUUACAUCUCCCAUCUUAUAAUUUUUGUGGACCCGGAACCAAACUUGAAAAGCGUCUUGCUAGAGGAGAUCGGGGGAUCAAUCAAUUAGAUGAAGCUUGUCGUGAACACGAUAUAGCAUAUAGUAAAAGUAAUAAUUUAAAUUACAGACAUUCAGCCGAUAAAAUUUUAUCUGAGAAAUCCUGGCAGAGGUUCAAAGCUAAGGAUUCAACAUUAUCAGAGAAACUAAAUAGUCUUUUAGUUACUAACAUGAUGAAGGCUAAAUCUACUCUUGGAAUGGGUAUAUCAUCAAAAACUAAGACAAAGAAAGACCGUCGUCAAUGCCCCAGGAAAAAGAAAAUUAAUUUCUUCAAAAAUGCAGUCAAAGAAGCUAAAGUGGCAAUCAAAAAUUCGAAAACUGAAAACAUAAAUAAAUUAGCAUCGACUGCUUUAACUGCAGCUAGACAAGUUAUUAAGAACAAACGGAGGAAUAUAACAUUACCUAGAGUAAUACCGAUUCCAAAAGUUAGAGGAUUUUUACCAUUGCUUCCUAUCUUAGCAGGAUUAUCUGCUGUAGGUUCUCUAACUGGUGGCGUUGCAGGAAUGGCGAAAGCUAUAAACGAUUCAAAGAUUGGAAGAAAACAAUUGGAGGAAAAUAAACGUCACAAUAAAGUUAUGGAAACUAUAAAACUUAAGCAAGGAAAGGGUCUUUAUCUUAAGCCAUAUAAAACUGGUUUGGGGUUAUUUUUAAGUUCACUAGAAUCAAAAAACUAUUAA